AUGCAUCCCAGAUUCCACAACACUGGUAUUGCUGGUAACUCCGCGUUUAAGAUCUUGGGCCGUUCUCUUCAAGUUGAAGUACCAGAGGCCGAGUAUGGCGCGGAUACUACUCUGCGCCUUGAUUCCCUUGCCUCUCCGUUGUCUAACGCGAAGGGAAUCAAAAGGAAGUGGAAUUUGAUUGACGGAUCAAUGUGUCGAGAAGCUGAUCCUUUACUUUCCUUAAGGCUCGGCCACUCAUCAAGCUCUUCUGAUAGUAAAGGGAGUUCGGCAACUGCUUGCACGAGUUUAUCUUCUGCCAAAGAAACUGAAGAGGAGUCUUCAAUGGAUAUUGAGCUGGACUUUAGUCUCCAUCUUGGCAACGAGAAACCGGCUAGCAACAAAAAACCAGCUAAUAUGAAAAUGAAAGGGUUGCAGGUCGUCUCCCCAAAAUUUGAUCUUGAAUUGAGUCUUUCUGGUGGAGGAUCCUGUCAAUCUGAGAUUACUGCGGUCCAGCAGCAGGCGAACCAGUUUCCAACUCUUGCGGACAUGCUACGCGCUACUAAUGAAGGAUCCACAUCAUGUGGUUGGAGACCAGGGUUUGCGUUACCGUCAUUGCAAGCUUCAUCUAGCAAAGAAACAAGCUCCUACUUAGCUCAUGCUCCGAAAAAUGUCAUCAUUCCUGCUGUUCAUGUUCUGGAGCUAUCAUCUAGCACGACAACAACAACACCAAUAAGCUCGGGUACAUGUACUUCCGGUUUAUCUCAGCAGCUGAAGCCACAGCAUAAGAGUUCUUCUAGUUCCAAGUUAUGUCAAGUAGAAGGAUGUCAAAAGGGAGCCAGAGGCGCAUCUGGUCGUUGCAUUUCUCAUGGUGGUGGACGUAGAUGCCAGAAACAUGGUUGCCACAAGGGCGCUGAAGGUCGAACUGUGUACUGUAAAGCCCAUGGAGGUGGUCGUCGAUGUGAAUUUCUCGGAUGCACCAAAAGCGCAGAAGGCCGUACUGAUUUCUGUAUAGCUCAUGGAGGUGGUCGAAGAUGCAGCCAUGAUGAUUGUACACGAGCUGCUAGAGGAAGAUCAGGACUCUGUAUCAGGCAUGGUGGAGGAAAGAGAUGCCAGAGAGAAAACUGCACUAAAAGCGCUGAAGGGCUUUCGGGGCUCUGCAUCUCUCACGGUGGUGGCCGUCGAUGUCAAUCUAAUGGAUGCACAAAAGGAGCACAAGGGAGCACAAUGUUCUGCAAAGCACACGGUGGUGGUAAACGAUGUACACACUCGGGUUGCACUAAAGGCGCAGAAGGAAGCACGCCGUUCUGUAAAGGACAUGGAGGAGGAAAAAGAUGUGCAUUUCAAGGAGGUGAUCCUUGUUCCAAGAGUGUUCAUGGAGGUACAAACUUCUGUGUGGCUCAUGGCGGUGGUAAGAGAUGUGCUGUUCCCGAAUGCACAAAGAGUGCUAGAGGAAGGACUGAUUUCUGUGUCAGACAUGGUGGAGGAAAGAGAUGCAAGUCUGACGGAUGUGGGAAAAGCGCUCAAGGUAGUACCGACUUUUGCAAGGCACAUGGAGGAGGGAAACGUUGUUCGUGGGGUCAUCCCGAGACAGAGUAUGCAGGACAGUCCUCUUCUGGUCCUUGUACCUCGUUUGCUCGAGGUAAGACUGGUCUUUGUGCACUCCAUAACAGUCUGGUUCAGGAUAACCGGGUUCACGGAGGAAUGACUGUAACUUCCGAGAGUCAAGAACCGAGACAAAGCAGCGAAACAGAGAACGAGGAAGAGUUUAGCGGUUCUCAAGACAUGAACAUCGAUACUAUGAGAGCAAGAAGUGCUGCUGGAUCUCCAGAGACUGAUGUUGAUCUCAAUGAGUACGAAGCAGGAUUGGGGUUAGCUCCAGAAGGAAGAGUCCAUGGUGGAAGUUUGAUGAUGGCUAUGUUGGGUAGAGACGGUGGCUCGGGAUCUAGCAAUGGCGAGGUGAGGCCGAAGAAGUGGAUGUAA